AUCCAGGCAAACAGUGCCUCAUUCAGUUCCUCCACACAGACCCCACCUAACUCUGCCUGCAAAUACAGGACGCAGCAACCCUGGGGGAAGUCGAAAACCGGACCUCAGAAAGUUAGGCUACCAUGCAAUGUAACGUUCUUCAGUAUUUAUUCUAUGGGUCUUUGAUAUUUGUCAUCUGGACAGCUCUGUUCUUCGUGUAUUUUCACCACGGGCACGUGAGGAGCCCGCUCAAGAAAGCCCACGCGGAGCCGCCAUCGGCUCCGUCCCACGCACACCAGCGUGUUAUCUAUGCUGCGGAGGAGCUAGGCACGGCGCGCCUCAUCGCAGCCGAGGCCGAGGAGGAGGAGCAGGCGGCGGCGCCCGGGAAGCAGUUUUCUCCCUCAAAUGAGAAUGUUAACUAUUCAGAUCCAGAGCUUUUAGAUGGAUUUUUAAAAUAUGGAUUUAAUACCAUUGUCAGUAGAAGUUUGGGCCACGAGAGAGAGGUGCCGGACACCAGGGAUAAAAGAUGUCUUUCAAAACAUUACUCGCUCCACCUGCCCACUGCCAGCAUUAUCAUUUGCUUCCAUAAUGAGGAGUUCAAUGCACUGCUCCGGACGGUGUCCAGUGUGGUGUACCUCACACCGCCUCAUCUGCUUGAAGACAUCAUUUUGGUGGAUGACAUGAGCAAGUUUGUUGAUUUGAAAGAAAAGCUCGAUUAUUAUCUGGAAAGUUUUCGGGGAAAGGUUAAGUUGGUAAGAAACAAAAAGAGAGAGGGGCUGAUUCGAGCCAAGAUGAUUGGAGCAGCAUAUGCCUCAGGCGAGGUCCUGGUGUUCCUGGACAGCCACUGUGAGGUCAACGUAGCCUGGCUGGAGCCCCUGCUGCACGCCAUCACUGAGGACUACAAGACCGUUGUGGCCCCCGUCAUCGACGUCAUUGACAGCCUGAGCCUGGAGUACCAGCCCUCCCCCCUGGUGAGGGGCGCUUUUGACUGGACCCUCCGAUUCAGAUGGGACAACGUUCUCUCCUACGAGAUGGACUUGCCAGAAGGUCCAACUAACCCAAUCCGGUCACCUGCGAUAUCUGGAGGAAUUUUUGCUAUCUACCGGCCCUAUUUUUAUGAACUUGGAGAGUAUGACAAGGACAUGGAUAUUUGGGGAGGAGAGAAUUUGGAACUUUCACUAAGGGUCUGGAUGUGUGGGGGCCAGCUUUUAAUAAUCCCCUGUUCCCGAGUGGGGCACAUCUCAAGGAAGCACGCGAAACCCGACAGCAGCCACGAGGACUCCUUAGCCCGGAACUACCUGAGACUGGUUCACGUCUGGCUGGACGAAUACAAGGAGCAGUUCUUUCUUCGAAGCCCUGCUUUGAGGCACAGGACAUAUGGAAACAUCAGUGAACGCAUUCAGUUAAGGAAACAACUAGGUUGCAAGUCAUUUCAGUGGUAUUUGGAUACCGUCUUCCCAGAGUUGGAGGCAUCUAUGGUCAGCUGAUGAAAUGAAAGCAAUUCAUUUUCAUGAGUAGUAAGAGCCCCCUCAUCCUUCAAGAUGGUGGCACCAGAGGUCAAGUUCGGAAUGUCAUGGAAUGAUGUGA